AUGAUCCGAAGACUUGCAUUCGUGCUGCGUAUCUGUGCAGCCGAAGUGCCUUUCAAGGUGAGCCUGCUUGCAGAGCCGACGUACUUCGGCAACGAAGGCAAAGAGCCGGAUGUGCUCUAUCCUUGGCCUCUUCGAGAUCUCGCGGCUGAGCGGCUGCAGGAGGCCGCGGCCAAGAAGCGCCCCACGCUUGCGCUGCGUGAUGGACUUGGCUUCCUCGUCGAGGCUUCGCCCACUGCACUGCCCGCUGGUGUCGAGGCCGGCGUUUUCGUAGGCCUCUUCAGCUUGUCGUACACGAGCAACGAGGACAAAGUGGAGGACUGGAUGGUGUCGGGUGGCACGCCGCCCAAGCACAAUCCCAUCCGCCUUUGGAGCAUGUUCUCCUACCAGUACUCAGAGACGCGUGGCCGAGUCCAGCCGGACGAGCUGGGGGAUUCUUGCUUCGGAGAGAACUGGCGGGCGGAGCUUUGUGCUCGCGUUUGGACAUGCUUUAUCGGGCGUGGCAAAGAAGGCAGUGGAGGAGGUCUCUGGCGGGUAGCUGCAGGCGUUCGCUUUGCGGCUACCUACCGCAUUGAGGCUUACCUGGGCCCUCCUUUGUCUUCUUGCAGAUCAUAUCUGUCGGAUGAGGAGCAGCAGCUUCAUCCGCCAGUGUCCUGGUGGGCUCCUCCGGUCUCGGAGCACACUGUGGAGUCCAUGUCUUCGGUUGUGCAGCACGCCGCGUGGUCUCAACUACGUCUGCUGUACGUCAACCGCGAGAACUACUGGUGGGGGCAGCAAGCCCAGGUUCAGCCUGCCAGCUGUUGGCUUGACCUGAUGCAGGCAGCUGUUCACAGCGCAUCACUAGCCCCAGCAGCUGCGCCCGAGAGGCUUGGUCGGCAGCCGGCUCCUGACAGUCCGCAUGGUCUCUGGCUGGAGUUCGGUGUUGGGUCUGGCAAGACAACAGCUGCGAUCGCUUUCCAGAUGAAAGUCAUGGUAGGCAAGGAAGCAAUACUGCAUGGAUUCGAUUCCUUCGAGGGCUUGCCAUCGGACUGGGACCACACGCAUUUGGCAGCGGGCACCUUCAGCAGAGGUGGAAAGAUCCCGGAGCAUCUGUUGGAAAUGUCGAAUGUCAAGAUUCAUGUGGGCCUCUUCUCUGACACUCUAGGUGACCUCGAUCAGUUUGGAGACAUGCCCGUGGCAUUUGCACACAUCGACGUGGACAUUUUCCCAUCGGCAGUCGAGGUCCUCUCUCGGAUAGCCUGUCAGCUUUGGCCGGGCUCAGUGCUUGUCUAUGAUGAGCUGGUUAACUACGUUGGCUUCGAGCUUUCUGGCGAGUACCGAGCAUGGGAGUAUGUUGCUUCUGCCUACGGUAUAGGCUGGCAGUACGCUGGCAUGUACUGGCAGCAGGCUGUCCCAAUGAUCAUCACCGAGGUCACGCCGGCGAUGUACAGACACACAGCUUGCUCAGUGUCAGAUCAGCCCAUGGGUAAGGUGGAGCAUCUGGUCAUGCGCUCGAUGUGUGCAGAACUUAUCCGCGGGCAGAUCGACGAGGUGAGCGAGUUGGUCACCGUCACCUGGGUAAAGCCGCGAAUCCUAGACCCUGUCCGCAUAGACCUGAUGCGCGAGCGAAUGGAUGCGUGGGCUUCGCAGACAGGAUUGCUCCUGGAGCACCUGGAGCAAGUGACGCCGGAGCUUCUGGUGUCCUGA